AUGGGGCAGACACAGCAAACAGAGAACAAUGAGGAAAUUGAUGUCAAAGCACUUCAGGAUAUGUAUAAAAAGUUUGUCAUGGAGUGCCCAAGUGGACUACUUUUUCUGCAUGAGUUCAAGCGUUUCUUUGGUGUGGACCCAACAGGAGAAGCAUCUGAAUAUGCAGAAAACAUGUUUCGAGCUUUUGACAAAAAUGGGGACAAUACAAUUGAUUUCCUUGAGUUUGUAGCAGCAUUGAAUCUUGUUUUCCGUGGAGACCUGGAGCAUAAACUGCGCUGGUCAUUCAAGGUGUAUGACAAAGACAGCAAUGGCUACGUGGAUAGGAAUGAACUACGGUCAAUAAUUGAUAGCAUCUAUCGGAUAAAGAAAGGCACAAAAGCAGAGAUGGGUGAUCCACAGCUUACAGUAGAUGAGGUUGUGGAUCGAAUAUUAGAGGCUGUCGACAGUGAUGGAGAUGGACAUAUUAACAUGGAAGAGUUCAUUAGAGGUGCACAACAGGACCCCUGGGUGCUCAAUAUGUUGAAGUUGGACAUGAACCCUGCAGGGUGGGUACUAGAGCAGAGAAGAAGGAGUGCACACUUCUGAACUGUCAAAGCGCAUAGGCCUGUCCCCUGUGGACAAAGGGAGAACAAUCCAGGCUUUGAAUUACAUCUACAAAAUGUAUCAAACACACAGCCUAUGCAGCUGCACAUUCACAGACUGUGAGAGAAGAAGGAACACUAGCACUUACAAUCUCAAUAGGACUGUAAUAAAUGGCAUGAAUACAGGGGAAAAUGUGUAAUUAUGACAUUUUACUUUGUAUACACUAUUUACACUAUUCUCCUUUCAUAGUUACAACUAUAAUAAUAAUUAAGCAUCACUUUAAAAAGAAAUCUUAAAAAAACAAGUCACAGCCUUCUUAUGCUCUUAUGGUAUCUUAUAAAGUGUCAAUAUGUAAAUAAUGAA